AUGAAGGAUAGUGCAUGCAAAGCCGAUCUUCCUUCUGUUUCUAUCUUCUUGGAUUUUCCAGUGGAAAUGAGCCUCUUUUCUCGGUUCCGAACCCGAGUUCUUGGAUGGUGGCAUGACGUUCCGUUUCCGUUGCCCGCAUUAGAGGUCAACGCCUCGCCGGUCUUUCAAUCAUGGCAUAGAUUCGACUCAUUCUCCAACAGAUGGAUUCCCUUUAACCCGCCCCACGAAACCACUCAAGAGGAAAGCAGUGCUAGCGUAGAUGUCGGGCCAGCUCAAGGCUCCAGGCUAGUCCUUGUUACAUGGAAUGUUGAUGCCACUGCGUCCGGAUCAGAGACUCGUAUCUCUGCUAUUAUAUCGCAUCUCCAGAAUUCGGUUCCACUUGUCGAUGUUAUUUUCCUCCAGGAAGUAUCACGGCCUGCUCUGACCACUUUACUAGCAAUACCUUGGCUCCGCGAUCACUGGUACUCGAGCGAAGCGGAUACUAUCAACUGGGGAACGCAAUCUUUCGCAAAUAUGACGCUUGUGUCAAGAUUGCGGCUAGACGAUGUAGGCCGCGCUGCUAAUAAUGCGGCUCUCGGUCCAAUCUGGAGGGCCAAAUAUCCCAGUCGUUUUGAAAGAGAUGCGCUUUGCUGUGACAUUCUUCUAACCUCAUCUAGAUGUCUUUCCCGUGUCCGUCUCAUCAACGUGCAUUUGGAUUCUCUUCCGAUCCAGCCGUCUCUGCGCCCCAUCCAGCUCUCCGUUGUUGCGUCCUACCUUCACGCCGCUGGCCGUGGUAUAGUGGCGGGCGACUUUAACUCCGUUCUUCCUGAGGACGACACACUCGUCAGUACAAACUGCCUCGUAGACGUAUGGGCCGAGCUCCAUCCAGAUGAAGCGGCUUUACUUAGGGAUUUGACGGAAACCAGCCAUUUGCGCCCAACCGACUCGACAAGGUGGCUGUGGUUGGGCUGAAGGCCUACGAUAUCCAGGUGAUACGACCAGGUAUGUGUGUGAAUACGAGCAGCCAGAGGAGAGAG